AUGUCCUUGGCGAGUAAUAUGAGUGACUUAAAGCCCAAGCUUGCCUUCUCAUUUCUUCAGCGGAAAAAGCAACUAGUUUAUAAUCCUAAAGUUACAUCUUUGGAUGCAAAUAAUGGCGAAGUUACUAUUGAAGAGAAAAAGGAAUUCAUCACAUCAAUUGAAGAUAAAAUAAUUUGUUCAACUGCAAAAAAGGAAGAGCAACUUGUCAUACCAUUAAAGCGUAGUAAAAGCAGCUUCCAGGAGCGGAUGAGAAAGAAUUUCUUGCCAGCUGAGUCCUUAGACCCCCUUACGCUUCAGGCGUUGCAAGAGAUUAAGGAAGAGAGCCAAGCAUUUUCAAGUGAUUCACAAAAUGUUCAUGUAAAUUAUGAUCUUAAAAUACCUGCAAAUAGUUCUGAAACUACCGAGGAAACUGAGAAUGCAAACUAUGAUGCUAUCCCUAUUGAAAAGUUUGGUGUAGCUCUCUUGGCUGGAAUGGGUUUUGACCCAAAAUCUCUUGAUAGCUCUAAAAGAGAGGUUUUACUACCUCAGCGACCAAAGGGACUCGGGUUAGGCGCAGACCCGACGGCAGUUCAAGAUGCUAAACAAGAAUUACUGAAAUCUAAAAUAGAAAAACUAACAUGGGACCCCGGAGCGCGUUGUCAGAUCGUAUUAGGAAAAAACAAGGGUCUUUAUGGCACGUUAGAAGGACUAGAUGGAGACACUGGUCGUGUGAUUAUUAGAUUGAAAGUUUCGAAAGAAGCAGUCACGGUACUUCAACAUACUGUCCGUUUGGUUCCUAUCAAAGAAUAUGCUGCGUACUCAAAUUGUAUAAACCAAAAUCAAGUUGAUGAAUACAAAGCACGCGAAGCAGAACAGUUAUUACUGAAAUCUAAUCAUAAUUCCGACUCUGACCCGCCGGGAUCAAAAUCGACUAGAUAUGAACAAUCGACACAUAGUGACUCUAUUCGUAAAACAUCGAAUAUCUCGAAAGAGGAUAAGCCACUUAAAUGUGAACCAAAUAGACCAUCUGGUGGUAUAUCUUGGUUAAGACCGAAAUUAAUUGUUCGAUGUUUAGAUCGAAAUUAUUGUGGUGGAAAAUAUAAUAAAGAGAAGUUAAUUAUUAUUUCUAUCGACGGUAGUCGAUGCAGCUGUAAAACAGAAUCUGGUCAGAUAAUCGAAGGUCUUCCUAUAAAGCAUUUACAAACAAUUAUACCGCAUGAAAUGAAUUCAGUUUUAAUGAUUGUAAACGGAGAAAGAAGUGGUCAGCUUGCACGAUUAAUUAGACGUGAUAGUCGUAACCAAUUAGUGGAUGUAAAAACUCGAUCUGGAAUCCCUUUGCAAUAUCAUUUCGAUUGUGGAAAUUUAAAAAUGACUGAUUUUAAUGAUUUAAAAUUAUUAAAUAAGAAAUUAAAUUGUGAAUUAGUUAACAUGAAGAAGAAGAAUAAGAAGAAAAUCCAUCAAUCAAAAACUGAUAGUGGAUGGGGUUGGAUCAUAGUCACAUCGUCAUUCAUCAUUCAGUUAAUAAUUGAUGGAACGUUUGGUGGAUUUGGAGUUUUAUACGUUUCCUUACGAAAUGAUCAGGCAUUCAUCAAUGAAAAUUACUCACAAACAAUAUUAUCAAUGCCGGGAACCAUUCAACCUGGAUUUUUUCUCUGCACUGGUGCUUUUGUCAGUCCACUUAUUCAAAUGUUUGGAUUUCGUAUUAGUGGUUGUUUUGGAGCUUUAUUACUUGGUCUUGGAAUGUCAAUAGCAAGUUAUCUAACUAAUAUGCAUGCUAUAACAAUAUUUUAUGGAAUGAUAUCAGGUUCAGCUUUUGGCAUUUUAAUGGUAUGCGCUAUAGUCUCAGUCAAUUAUUAUUUUGAUCGUUAUCGUGGCUUAGCAUCAGGCUUAGCAAUGUCUGGUGCAGGUGUCGGUACAUUAUUAAUACCAGUUUUCUACAACUGGAUUAUACCGAUUAAAGGCUGGCGUUCUAGUUUAUUAUUGUAUUCAUUGGGUGCAAGCUUAUUAACAGCACUGGCUUCAUUGACACUUAAGCCAUUUAUAACAAGUGAUGAUCCCGUAUUAACUGAACAAUCCACUGAUGUGGAAAAUCCGGAACACCUUACAUCUGAUCAAAUGUUGCUUAUGAAAACGAUUCCGAAAAUUACUUACGUAAAUGAUGAUGUAACUAAUUUGCCUGAAAAAAAUCAUAAUAGAACUGUUGAUAUAACUGCCAUUCAUUCAGAUUGUAAACCUGGUGAUUCUGUAUGUGAUUUUAAUGAAGAAAAAAAAGAAAGAAAACUUUCUAUUGGAUUUACAGAUGCUUUACGCCAGUAUUUAUUAAAUCAAAAAGGACCAACAAUUUUGUCGGAAACUAACAACGAUGCGGAAGAUGCAGAGUCUAUGGUUGGUUCAAGAUUAUGGAAAUCAAGUCAAGGAUUCAAGAGACAACAGUCAUCAUAUAUUCGUCAUCAUAGUCAUUUAUGUCAACCUGCUCAGUCUAACCAACAACAGAAACAAAGUCACGACAAACUCCCAAGACAAACAACACAGACAACAGUUGCAGCUACAAACGAUUAUAUCCAUUCAAGUUAUAAUUUAUCAUCGACGAGAAAGUCUAGACGAAAGUUUGCCAGUCAAAUAUAUACCCUUCUUGACAAACCAGAUGCAUUUUAUUCAGCGAGUUUAACAAAUUUAAAUCCUAAAAUUACUCAACCUUUUAAUGAACACAAAAAAUCUACAGCUUCCUCAAUAAAUGUAAGGGCAUAUUCAAAGUAUCCAAUAGCAUCUAAAUCAUCUUUAAUCAUUUCUUCUGAAACAGUGAAUAAAAAUCAAAUUAUUAAUGAGUUAAUUGAUAGUAAUAUUUCUUCAUUUCAAUCAUUUCCUAUUGCACCAUUGAAUCAACAGCAUCAAGAACAAAACCACGAAGAAUUUCAUUCUUUGGAUAAUUCGAUACAUAAAUCAUCUCAUAAUGAUAUUUAUCCUAAAUCCAGUAUUAUUGAAACAAGUAUUCCGGAAGAAAACCUACUGACUACUAAUAAUACAGAAAACAGCACAGAACCCUACUCACCAAUAUCUAAAGUGAACACAAUUAAACAAAAUCUAGUAUUAUUUGGAUUUGGAAUAAUAAAAUUAUUUGAUUUAAGCUUAUUCACAGAAAUCUCAUUUUUAUGCUUAGUAGGUAUUGGUGUUACAAGUCAGCUGGCAUAUUUUAUUCCAUUUGUCUAUUUAAUUGAUUAUACAGUUAGUUAUGGGAUGGAACAAGAUAGUGCUGUUUUAAUAGUUAUGAUAUUAAGUAUAUUCCACACACUUGGUCGAAUAGCAUCUGGUAUUAUGUCAAAUGUUUUUCAUUUAGAUUCGGUAUAUUUAAGUGGACUAGCAACUUUUGGUGGUGGGCUAGCACAUAUAUUUCUCGUUUUUAUAAUCCCACAUACAUUUACGUGGUAUUCUAUAUAUGCCAGUAUUUAUGGCCUAUGUAGUGGAAUACCUAUCCCACUUAUUCCAAUACUUUUAGUACGUUUCAGUGGACUUGAGCACCUGACAGCGAGUUUUAGUAACUUGAAUUUACUAAAAGGUAUUUUUUCAAUGAUUGGACCUACUGUGGCAAUUACCAUAGUCGAGUAUACUAGUCAAAAAGACCAUUUAUUUCUUGUAGCGGGAGUAUGUUACAUUAUUUCUGCUCUAUUACAUUUGGGAUUAUGUCGAUAUUCAUGUUUUCCAAAAUAUUCUAAAUCUAGCACAAACAAACAGAGAACUAAUGACUACGAUGAUGCAAGUAAUUUUGAAGACCCAUAUGCUAAAUGUUUUCCAUGCUCUUCCUAA